AUGAUCCCAAAGAGCCAAAUUCCCACCAGGGCAUUCGUGGUCCGAUCUCCUGGCUCACCAUUCGUUCUUGAAGAUGUUGUUCUUGAUGAAGUACGAGCAAAUGAAGUUCUCGUGGAAAUGAAAUACACGGGGCUCUGCCACACGGAUCUCGUCGUUCAAGCCGGAGGUGUACCUGUCGGUGACUUUCCUGCAGUGCUUGGUCAUGAGGGCGCUGGUGUCAUCCGUCGCUUGGGCAGUGGCGUCGUGAACAAGUCUCUGUGCGUGGGCGACGAAGUCCUUCUUAGCUUUAUCACAUGCUGCAAAUGUCAACCAUGCAAAGGUGGAAGACUCGGGGCCUGUACUCGUUUCACGGAGAUCAACUUUACUGGAGGUCGUGGGCCAUCUGUUUCGGAAUCUCCCAUCUCCUUCCCCAAUGGAGAUCCCAUUCGGGGGCAAUUUUUCGGACAAUCCUCCAUGGCGAAACUUGCCAUUGUGUCGGAAGCCUCGGUGAUGAAGAUUGCUCCUGAAUUUCACCUCACCCAAACAGACAUAGCUUCGCUCACUUCGCUGGGAUGCGGGUAUCUCACUGGUGCGGGAACAGUCAUGAACGUGUUAAAGCCGCAUUCAACGAGUCGUUUCAUGAUUCUGGGAAUGGGGGCAGUCGGGCUGUCCGCGCUCAUGGCCGCAAAAGCAAUAGGAGUCGAGAAUAUUCUCGCGGUCGACCUUUUUGAUUCAAAGCUUGAGCUGGCUACCACCUUAGGUGCGUCACACACGUUAAACGCAAAGGAGACGAAGGACCUGGCUCAGGCGGUGCACAAGAUCUUCCCCGAGGGGGUUGACCAAGUACUUGAUACGACGGGGGUGGCCUCAGUCAUGCAAGCGUCCAUCAAAGCGCUGGGUCAUGGUGGCAUUCUGGCGAUUGUUGGAGCUGCACCAGCCGAUGCGGCGUUGACUAUUUCUCCGCUGGACUUCUUGAUGAACUGCAAACGUGUAGUGGGCGCCGUGGAAGGUGCAGCGGAUCCGGCUGUGAUACUACCCCAGUUGUUGGAUUGGUACAAACAAGGCAGAUUCCCCGUGGAUAGACUGGCGACGGUUUACAAAGCAAGUCAUCUCGACCAAGCCUUGGAGGACCUGCACUCUGGCAAGGUCAUCAAGCCGGUUCUAGAUUGGACUGACAUAUAG